CCCUGGAGCUUGUAGUGCAGCUUUAUGGCCACUUCCAUGUGCAUUAUGGGGCCUGUAGUCAUCCCACAUCCUCUCCAGCCCUUUGCUGAUACUUGUCUUGCUUUUCCUCCUCAAUUCCAGGAACUAAGUACAUGUAAAUAAAUUGCUUUUGGCUGAGCUUUUAGAGAGGAAUUUUCCUCUACAUGUUAAAAGAUUUCAGUCCUAUACCAGCCCUUUUCCUUAUCUGUUGAGCCCUCACAACAUGCCAGACACUGUGCUGGUUCAUGAUCUAGCAGGAUAGCCACCACCUUCGAUUGAUUUAUUUACUCAUUGAUCAUCCUCUGGAAACAGCUGGCAGGGCACCUGACCUAAUCUUUGGUCAGGCAUAGCUUCCUUGAGGAACUGACGUUUCUGCCACGUGUACAAAGUAAAGUAGAAAGUGGUUGAGGGGAAAUGGGUGAUAAAAGAAUCAAGGAAACUACAUGUUUAAAAGGCCCUGACGUGUGGAGGCUGGGAGGAUCUUAAAGACAUUGCCAAGAGGAGUGUGGGGCUGGGGGUAGUGGCCCAGAGGAGGUUGAAGAAGUGGGCAGAGCUGGAAUAAGACAGUGCCUUGAUGUAUGCAUAAUAAGGCUGCUUUAGUCAGGAAUCUUUUGGUUGAAAAUGACAAAAAUCCCCCUAAGAAGUUCAGGGCUUUCAAGAUCAAAGAUGUCAUUGAGUUUUGACAUCUCUCUCUGUCUCUGUCUCAUCUUUGCUUUCCUUUGUGUUAGCUUCAUUCUUGGGCUGGCCUCUGUGAAAUCAUCCUCUGAUCCUCCCUUGUCUCACAGAAGCCAAAGACUGGAGAGGAAGGGAAUGUGGGUGAGAAAGACUAAUUGAUAAGGGCCAUUUACCCUUCCACUCUUGAAGGUCACCUUCUUUCAGGAGAUGUCCACAUGUUCCCACCUUAGAUUCCCUGGGGGAGGGCAGGAAGCUUGGCCUUCUACGAUGGUAGAGAAGGAACCAGGUGAGGGGAUCCUGUUUCCAGACUCCAAAACGGUUUGCUUUCUUAAAAUAGCAAACCUACAGCCCCCUGUCUCUUUCUCUAAGGGCCUAAAAUGCACUUUUUUGGCUGCAUCCUCAGCCUUCCCUGGAAGCAGGAUCAUUUGGGCUUGGUAAGAGAAAAGAAAUAAGGUGGGAACUCCAGAAACUCCUUCCGACUCCCACCCCCUCAUUCUGGCCCUCGUAGCGGGUCCUGACCUAUUUGUCUUACUCGCGCUUUCUUCCGGAGCCUUUUCAGACCCCUCCAGGGUCCUGUUCCAACUCAGGGGCUUCAGCACUCCUCCACUGUCCGGUGAGCCGCCCUUCUUCCGCCUCACGCACACCCUAACUAAGCAGGACCAGCAGAAGAAUACCCAACCCAGGGACCCCUUUUAUUCUGAGCUCUGGCGCUUCCGCCUCCGGGGCGGAGACUCCUCCCCCUCACCGUCCCAAUUGUAUUCCCUGGAAGAGCAGCCGGAAAAGCCUCCUCCUGCUCAGACCGGGAUAAACGAGACGCUGGUUCCUUCUCGCAACCAGCUCUCUGAGCCCUGGGAACCGCCGUGGCGGUCGGCACUGCAGCACCAAAGGCUGCGAGCACAACCUGGGCUCAGCUCCAGCUGGGCGCGGGCGGUGCGGGAGCGGCUUCAGCACCACGGACAGCACCCCGCCCGCGGCCCUCCGGCCUGCGGCGCGCUUCGGCAGCUUUAGGCGAGCCGGCGAGCUAUGCCAGAGGCAUGGCCUGGCGCUCGGGCCCCAUGGCGCUGCUCCUCAGCUUUGGCCUCCUCGGGCUGUGCUCAGGAGUCUGUGGUACAGACACAGAGGAGCGGCUGGUGGAGCAUCUCCUGGAUCCUUCCCGCUACAAUAAGCUUAUCCGCCCAGCCACCAAUGGCUCUGAGCUGGUGACGGUACAGCUCAUGGUAUCACUGGCCCAGCUCAUCAGUGUGCAUGAGCGGGAGCAGAUCAUGACCACCAACGUCUGGCUGACCCAGGAGUGGGAGGAUUAUCGCCUCACCUGGAAGCCUGAGGAAUUUGACAACAUGAAGAAAGUUCGGCUCCCUUCCAAACACAUCUGGCUCCCAGAUGUGGUCCUAUACAACAAUGCUGACGGCAUGUACGAGGUGUCCUUCUAUUCCAAUGCCGUGGUCUCCUAUGAUGGCAGCAUCUUCUGGCUGCCGCCUGCCAUCUACAAGAGCGCAUGCAAGAUCGAAGUAAAGCACUUCCCGUUUGACCAGCAGAACUGCACCAUGAAGUUCCGCUCGUGGACCUACGACCGCACCGAGAUCGACCUGGUGCUCAAGAGUGACGUGGCCAGCCUGGAUGACUUCACGCCCAGUGGCGAGUGGGACAUUGUCGCGCUGCCGGGCCGGCGCAACGAGAACCCGGACGACUCCACUUAUGUGGACAUCACGUACGACUUCAUCAUCCGCCGCAAGCCACUCUUCUACACCAUCAAUCUCAUCAUCCCCUGCGUGCUUAUCACCUCACUAGCCAUCCUCGUCUUCUACCUGCCCUCCGACUGCGGCGAGAAGAUGACGCUGUGCAUCUCCGUGCUGCUGGCGCUCACCGUCUUCCUGCUGCUCAUCUCCAAGAUCGUGCCCCCCACCUCCCUCGACGUGCCGCUUGUAGGCAAGUACCUCAUGUUCACCAUGGUGCUUGUCACCUUCUCCAUCGUCACCAGCGUGUGCGUGCUCAACGUGCACCACCGCUCACCCACCACGCACACCAUGGCUCCCUGGGUCAAGGUCAUCUUCCUGGAGAAGCUGCCCAAGCUGCUCUUCAUGCAGCAGCCGCGCCACCGCUGCGCCCGCCAACGCCUGCGCCUGCGGCGGCGCCAGCGCGGGCGCGAGGGAACCGGCGCCGUCUUCUACCGCGAAGCCCUGGGGGCAGACUCCUGCACGUGCUUCGUCAAUCGCGCGUCUGUGCAGGGCUUGGCUGGGGCCUUCGGCUCGGAGCCGGCGCCGGCAGCUGGCCCCGGGCGCUCCGGGGGGCCGUGUGGCUGCGGCCUCCGGGAGGCGGUGGACGGCGUGCGCUUCAUCGCGGACCACAUGCGGAGUGAGGACGACGACCAGAGCGUGAGUGAGGACUGGAAGUAUGUCGCCAUGGUGAUCGACCGUCUGUUCCUUUGGAUCUUUGUCUUCGUCUGUGUCUUUGGCACCAUCGGCAUGUUCCUGCAGCCUCUCUUCCAGAACUACACCACUGCCACCUUCCUCCACGCAGACCACUCGGCUCCCAGCUCCAAGUGAGGCCCUCCCCAGCUCCAUGCUCCUUCACCCCUCUGUUGAACAGUAGUUUUGGGUCGAGGAGGGAUGAGUGAGCUACGAGAAAGAGGGGCGCUGCCCCCACAGACCCAUCUUUUCACUUCACCUGGAGCCCGCCCCCCCGCCAGCGCCAACCUGGAGGCUGGACCAGCUGCGUCGUGUUCUGGCUGCUCUCCUCCUCUUGUACCAACCCAGGCAAUAGUGCUGCUGGUUGAGCAUGAAGGCUGAGAAGUGGAGGAUGGAGUGGCUGGAGGCUUCCACCCUGAGGAAAGUGUGAUGGGGAAGGGGCCAAGAAGGGGACAGAAUCAACAGCUGCCUCCAAGUCAUGGGAAAAGGGAGGCGCAUGGGGGCAAGACAGGGGCUCCAACUGUGCUGGGCUGGCCUGACACAAUGGCAGAUCAGAAGGGAGGAGCAAGGGGAGAGAGGCCUGGGUGCGACCUGAUGUCUGUCCCUGCUUAACUGCACAGCAGCUAGCUGGGUGGGCCUCACGGCAGCCAGGGGUUCCUGCCCAGAGGUUAGCCUGGAGCUGAGGUCAGAGUCCUGAGCGAGGCUUCCAGCCCAGUCCCACAGCCCCUUGCUUCUAAGGGCCCCAGCGUUCAGCCCCAGGUCCCCUUCUCCCAGUGAAGAUUCUUCCUAGACUUCCUUUCUUGCUCAGGCCAGGGUGUGGGGGGCAAGGCUGGGUGUUAGGGGAGCCCCGGAGUUCUGAAUCUUUGGGUGACCUGCUUGGAGGUUAAGGGCCAAAUUCUUGAACUGUGCGAGUUCAAGUUCACAGGCUGUUCCUCGGCCGCAAUUUGAACCGACUGGUCAUGGGAACGAGUAAACUAAGGACAUUAGCUGUAAGCAGACCCAGCCCUCUCGCCCGCAGCAGAGCAGGCCGGGCAGGAGAGGGCUGCCUGUGGAGGCCAGCCCAGCAGGGUGUGAGUGCCCAGAACUCUGCCACGUCAGCAUGGCUCCU